CUUGAAGAACACCUCAUAUGAGUGGACUAACUCAGUCACGCGCCCUGGUCAACUCGGUCGAGUUGCAACUAUCGAAACCCCAACGUAACUACAAAAUCGCCUCUUCAUCGCUCGUCGGAUUGUUACCCCGGAAAACCCCCAGCGGAGUAUCGACAAGAACACGCACUUUCACACUCGAACACACACUACAACAAUUCGUUGCACCUUCAAAACUCCACCGACGAUCCACCGCUACUCUCCGCAACCGUAAUUUGACGGCGAUGGAUUCAGAUUCGCAUCCGCACGCGCCGGAACUGGAUGCAAGAACAAUUACAACCUCCGAUGACGGAGCCACCUCUUCGAGCUUGGAUGAUCAGAAUGUUGUUGUUGCCAAUGGAGAAAGUUGCGAUGCGAACGACAAUGAAGUGGAAGCUGAAGGUGGGCAAAAGAAAGUGCUUCCUGAGGAGCUAUCACGGAGUGUUGUGACGCUUUCGUGUGAAUCCUCUGCUGAAGGAGGAAUUUGCGAGGUUUAUUUGGUUGGAACGGCGCAUGUUUCUACGGAGUCUUGCCAAGAAGUUCAAGCUGUAGUCAGUUUCUUAAAACCACAGGUUGUCUUUCUGGAGUUAUGCUCAAAUCGUAUGGCUGUUCUCACUCCACAGAAUCUGAAGAUACCUACAAUGGGAGAAAUGGUGGAUUUGUGGAAGAAAAAUCACAACAUGUUUGGAAUACUUUACAGCUGGUUUCUAGCUAAGGUAGCAAGUAAGCUUGAGGUUUUCCCUGGUAGUGAGUUUCGUGUUGCAUAUGAAGAAGCCAUGAAGUAUGGUGCCAAGGUUAUUCUUGGUGAUCGUCCUGUAAAUAUAACAUUACGCCGAACAUGGUCAAAAAUGCCCCUAUGGCAUAAAACAAAGCUGAUGUAUUCUUUGAUGUUUCAGUCAAUAUUUUUGCCAAGCUCCUCGCGUCUUAAUGAAAUGUUGAAGGAAUUGGAUGAUGUGGACAUGUUGACACUUGUUAUUCAAGAAAUGAGCAAGGAGUAUCCCACUCUAAUGGAAACCCUUGUACAUGAACGUGACAGGUAUAUGUCAUCCAGCCUGUUUAAAAUAGCAAGUGAGCAUAGUUCAGUGGUUGCAGUUGUUGGAAAGGGCCACCUUCAGGGAAUCAAAAAACACUGGCAGCAUCCUGUUGAGGUGAGAGAGCUUCUGGAGUUGCCUACAACAAAACCAGCGAUUUCGGUGACCAAGGUCCUGUCAACAGUUGGAGUAGCUGUUGCUGGGAUGGCAAUUGUUUCUGAAAAGACACUUAUUGUUCUUUCAAAGUUUAUUGUUGGAUAG